UCAACCACUGCGCCACCAGGGAAACCCUAGAGUGAUUUUUUUUUUAAUGCUAGCAUUGUUAUAUUGUGAAUUUUGCACUAGAAAUGGAAGACACUGGGGAGAUUGGCGUGCUUUGGAAAGACAGGGUGCUGAGUGCGGUGGGCCGAGGUCCCUUGCUGGGCACAGAGUCUGUGCUCUUUCUUGUCCGUGUGUUGUGAUGGCCUAGGAGCUCCUCGCUGGGUGGUCUCGUUACGGAAUCAGAGCGAAGGUGGAGGGGCUGGCCUGAGAGAGUACUGUCCGGUGCUCUGACACAGCCAGAACACUUUGCACGCUGCCCCAGGAGAUGGGCUGAGAGUCAUUGUCCAGUUGAGGGACCCAGGAUACAGUGGGGGUGGGCAUGGGGCAACUCCUGGGGCGCAUCACCCAGUGUCACCCUCCCCCCAGUAUUUUUACACUGGGGAACUCGGUUAAAAUGAAAUUUAAGAUAACAAGUGAUUUUAAAGUUUAAAAGACAGGCUAGAACUGUAUAGCCGAGGAGUGUCAUGCAAGUUGGAAGGGACAUUUCGAAGAGGUGAUAGACAGUAUGUGUAUGUGCAUCAGGGUGUCCUCCCCCUUAUGGAUCGGCUGCUGGUACUUCCUUUUCUCCCCUCCCUGCCUGGUUUUCGGGGCUGGGGGGGUGGUGGCAGAGUUAAUCCCAUCCGAGGAGCCUCUCUGGGAAAAAGGGGAGGAGCCAGCGGAGACUUGGACGAUGCUGGGGGGCAGGUUGAAGAAGCAGGGAGAGGGGAUUGGGGGCCGGUGGCGGCUGGCUCUCUGUACCAGCAGCUGCUGGGACAAGGGAUGCACCCACGGGAUGAGGAUGCACUGUCAGAGGACCGGGCUCGGGACCUCAGGUUUGUGUGUCUGCGCCAUCUUUGGGUUUGUCGCUUCUGUGUGGGUGGGCUUGUUCGUUCUAACCACACUUCCCGUGUGAUGCUUGGUUCUCCUGCCGCCCAUCCUGCCCCCACCCACCUCCCACAUGCUGAUGAGCCCUGUGACUCAGCUGCUUCUCAGGACAUCAGAGCAGCUUUUUUUUUUCUGGGCUAGAACCACAGUCAGGAGAUGUGUAACCAGAUUUCUUCUUUUUAUCAUCUUUCCUUUUGGUCCCUGAGGGUCCUCUCCCACCAUGCAAGUGGGAAGCCCCCUCUACAAGAGUAGACUGUUGGAGGAUUGUGGAAACAGUGGCUUCUCUGGCCUCUGACUUGAGAAAAAGACAGGCCCCUUGGGCUGAAGAGGGGACAUUGGAAAGGCAGCGUGAAGUCGGGUGCUGUGCUUACUGGCUGCACCCAGAGACAGUUGGCUUUGUCAUCCACUGCAGUUUAUACCCUUCCCCUUAGGGAUGUCCCGGGUGGCGACAGCGCUGAAUCCCCCGGAACGUCUGUCUCUGUGGCUGCGCUGGCAUCAGGGGAAUUUGCUGAGUUUUCUUGGGGGUUGGGUGCACCCUCACUGCAGGGCUGACCCAGCCUUUCUGCCUGGGACUCCUGAUUUCCCCUGAUUCCCUGGGGGAAGCUGCAUCCUUUCUCAGGGAUCUGCUUCCUCCCCAACCAGCGCUGGGCCUCUCCCUCCCCAUUUUUGACCCUACCCCUUGGCUUGAACCCAUCUCUCUCCCUUUCCUGAACUCACUUUGGCCAGUGGUGAGACGGGAGCUGGGAUGGAGGCUUAGUUUGGGGAGGUACCGAGAAGCUGGGGAUCUGGCCACAGGGACCUCUGACCACGUGAUGCACUGCGUGCAGGGGUGUCUCCCCCCUGGCCCUCACCCUCGGGGUCCUCCUCUCCCACUGUGCUGCUACUUCGUUCUCCUCUGCCCUCUUUCUAAACCUCCUCUUUCCACUUUUUCUCCUUUUCUCUCCUCCUCUUUUACUCCUUUCUAGCUGUGCUGUUUCAUCUGUGUCCUGUUUCCCUGGCUGCUUUCCUUUUUGUCUCCCAUCAUUGCCCAGCGAGUCGCCGCGGGAUCCCCUGACCCGCCUCCCUCCUGACUGAGUCAUCUGCCCCGUUGGGAUUCUGCCUGACCUUACCUGGAAUCAAGGGAUUCACUGUUUCCUGGCAUCCUGAUGCAGAAACUGAGGCAUGGAAAGAUUAAACAGUUUGUGGUCACACAAACAUCAGGUGAUGUGAGCAGAGCCCAGGAAUGCCUUAUGUGGAUCGGCAGAACCGCAUCUGUGGGUUUCUGGACAUCGAGGAGAAUGAGAACAGCGGCAAGUUUCUGCGGAGGUACUUUAUUCUGGACACGCAGGCCAACUGCCUUCUCUGGUACAUGGACAACCCCCAGAACCUGGCAGUUGGGGCAGGAGCCGUCGGAUCUUUGCAGCUGACCUACAUCUCGAAGGUGAGCAUAGCCACCCCAAAGCAGAAACCCAAGACUCCGUUUUGCUUUGUCAUCAACGCCCUCUCGCAGAGGUAUUUUCUUCAAGCCAAUGACCAGAAGGAUCUGAAGGACUGGGUCGAAGCCCUGAACCAAGCCAGCAAAAUCACUGUACCCAAAGUUGGGAACCUACCCCUGACGACCGAAGUUGUCAAGAGCCUAGCAACUCCCCUGGCCCUGGAGAAGAAGCCCCAGGUGGCCUACAAGACAGAGAUCAUCGGAGGCGUGGUGGUACACACGCCCAUCAACCAGAACGGUGGGGAUGGGCAGGAAGGGAGUGAGCCCGGCUCCCACGCCAUCCUUCGAAGGUCUCAGAGUUACAUCCCCACGACAGGCUGCCGUGUCCCCACCGGGCCCCCCCUCAUUAAGAGCGGCUAUUGUGUGAAGCAAGGGAAUGUGCGCAAGAGCUGGAAACGGCGCUUCUUUGCGCUGGACGACUUUACCAUCUGCUACUUCAAGUGUGAGCAGGACCGAGAACCGCUGCGUACCAUAUUCCUCAAGGAUGUUCUCAAGACGCACGAGUGUUUGGUCAAGUCUGGCGAUCUGCUGAUGAGGGACAACCUGUUUGAAAUAAUAACCAGCUCCAGGACCUUCUACGUGCAGGCAGACAGUCCAGAAGACAUGCACAGCUGGAUUAAGGAGAUCGGGGCAGCUGUCCAGGCCCUCAAGUGCCACCCCAGAGAAAUGUCCUUUUCUCGAUCCAUUUCUCUGACCCGCUCUGGAAGCUCCAGCCUCUCAGGGGGGCCCAACUCUGUCUUGUGCAGAGGGCGGCCGCCUCUGGAGGAGAGAAGGGCCCUCUGCAAAGCCCCCUCCGUGGCUUCCUCCUGGCAGCCUUGGACACCUGUCCCCCAGGCUGGGGAAAAGCUGCUGCCCACUGAAGAGACUCCUGAGGACUCUUUCUUCAUGCCUCGACUUGGGGAGAGCAGUACUUCUGGGGUGCUGCCCAGCUCCCGGAUAAGGCACAGAUCGGAGCCCCAGCACCCCAAGGAGAAGCCAUUUGUGUUCAACCUCGAUGAUGAAAACAUACGGACCUCUGAUGUGUGAUGAGGCGCAGUGCCCAGGAGGGAAGGGGAGGACUCAGAUGUCCAAGGGGCCGUGACUCAGUUUCUCCACCUGCUGGAGGACAGUCGGAGGCCUUCCUGGCACUCACAUCCCUGUGGAGCUCUCUUGGGGGAGGGGAGCAUCCAGCUGUUUUUUUUUUUUUUUUUUUAAAUCAAUGCAGUGUUUUUAAUUCGGGAAAGUCACCAGGUUAGACCUGUAGGCUUGCUCAGUGGAGAGCAGGGUGCCUCUUACCUUGACUCUUCCAUGGUCCACCUGGUGAGCGGAGGUUGGAAAUCCAAUUUCAUCCCUAACCAAGUUUUUGUUCCUUGUCCUUGUCUUAUUAGUUUCUUCCCUUUGUUUUCAGGCCGGGUGCAGAACCUUGAGGCCAGUCAUCUGGUUUUAUCCUAUUGCUGUUCAUUGGCUGAAGUUUGACUGUGAAGUAGGAGGGUGGGAACUCACCCAACUGAAACUGGGGGAAGCAGUGGGGGACACCCAGGCUCCAGCUUGGCCGGGAUACAUUCUGAGGGGAGGUGUUAAAAUCUGGGCGCUGGUCGUGGGGGGGCCCUGAAUGUCGACCAGGGCAGAUUCCCCCAACCUCCAGGGGACCUCCAUAGGGGAAGAAAUAGGGACUUCUUGUAAGGAAUGGGAGAAUGCACUCCCUACCCCAGUGCAUCAGCCAGUUUCGGGAAUUACUCUGUUCUCUUUGAGAUGUUCUUUCACCCCAAAUACUGUCGCUGUGAGAGACAGACCUGCCCACCCUGUUGCUGUGUCAGGCCCUUAGGAUAGGUUUAUCAGUGUUCAGUGCUGAGAACAGAACAGACAUUGCCCUUGAUACGGCGUUACUUGGAAUGUGUGGAGGGUUGAUGAGUGUAUGAUAAUUCACUUGUGUGAUACAUCACAUCUGUAUUUUAGAGUUUGAGAGUUGCUUUAAAGCAGGUGCUGGGAAGAGAUGGUGUUGAGUUCAUCCAGCUAAAAAUUUUUGAUCCAUGUUUUCCAGACAGAAGAAAAGGUCUCUUUUCGCAAAGACAGAUGAUCUUGGGUUCUUGCCUCUCAGCUCUUCUUUCGUGGGCCGACAGUAGUCUGAUUUGAAGUGCUGUAUAUUGUAUACCUUGGCAGAUUUGCUUUCUUUCUGUUCUUUGUGUUGCCCUUUGGGUGAUGCCUCGUGUCUGUACUUGCAUGAUGAAAUCUUGUCGUCUGACGAGGUCCUAUGUUCAUAACAGUGAGGAGAUAACAAAGAUCAUCUUGAGAGAUAUUUAUAUCUUUAAUAAAAUAGAAACUGUGCAGAGAAACAUUGAUUUACAGCCUAUGCAUUGCUGGUUAGAGAUUUCCCAGGUAGAAGAGCAUAGAUUGUAUUUCCCAUCCCGUAUUUUAGGAUGUACCUUCUUCCAUUUGACAAGAGAUCCUAUUUCCAGGGUCCCUGGGAGAAAUUAUCUGUCCAGCUUAUGUGGUGAACUGCUACCAAGGUUCCCUAAAGGGAGGGAGCUUAACUCAGUUCUAUCUAGAACUCUUUAUCAGCUAGAUCAGUUAAUUUUGUCUUUAAAUUAAGAAUUAACGAGUAGAGGAGGAGACUGUGAUCAGAAAAUCCUUAGUGGCUUGAGGGAAAUCUUCUGUUUGUUUCGGGCAGUGUAGUUUCCUUGAAGACUGUGUCAGGUUGAGAACUUUUCUUGACCGUACUUCUUUGGAGAUAACUUUCACUUAAAUUGUUUGCCCUAGUGGUCCUGAUAUAAAAAAGGAAAUCUACUCUAGAUUUCUCUCUCUCUCUCUUUUUCCCCUCUUUUCUGCAGCCUCCUGUAUACUUUUGUCCUUAGAAAUCCCUGGUUUGGAGAUUAUUUAUUUAUGAGUGAUCAAGGUGAUAACAUACUUCAAGUAGCCUGGUUUCAAGAAGCCAUUACGAAUUCUUAAAGUUCUUUGUCUCAGGUUUCAUCUUCAGAUUUUCCUCAAGAAAAUUCUUUGGCUAGGUGAAAGAAAGUGCACAGAGAUAUGGAACUAACAAAGAUAAAUUAGGACCUUUUGAGAUCUCUGUAAACAUUCCCUGACUCAUGGAAAGAUGUCAUCUCCUGGUGUUUAACUUGUGAAAAUCUACCCAUUUCUUCCUCUUUUAAAUCAACUCUCUGCUCGAUUACUACUGCUAAAUUAAUUGGCCAUUAUGGUAAGCUGAUCUGUUUCUUAUUCAGUAAGGUUUAUUUUGAGAAUGUAUUAAAUUAAACAUACUUAUAAAUCCAGAUUAUAUUAUCAUAAUAGAGGGGAAACAAGGAUUCUAGUUGGCAGAUACUUGGGAAUUCCAAGUUAGAGUGUUGUUAAUGUAGUUCCAACACCAGAUAAAUAUAAUUACCUUCAAUGAAGCUUAGAGGCAUUCUCAUUGCCAAAUCUUAUUUCAGAAUUCCUUUCGUGUUCAUAUUUCUUAGCUUCUGGUUAAUUUCACAUCACACCUUUUAAUGUCACUACACAUGUGAGCCAAAGAUGGUGCAUAUACGACCAAAGCAUUUGGUUUCAAAUGUGAAAAAUGGAACCAAAUGGAAAAAACAAGGAGGGGAUGCAAUAUCGAUUAGUAGUUAAGUGCAUAGGCUCUGGAAUAAAUCUGUUUUUUUUUUUAAAAACAGGAACCAAAAAAGGUACUGCAUUUUUUUGUGUGUGUGGAAUAAAAACGUUCUCUGAGUUGUGCUGUCUUCAUAAGACUUUUGACAUGGUCUUGACCCACUGUGUGUAACAGCUUCAGGUGUCUCCCCAUAGGUGAACUAUUAUUGUCCACUGUUCUUGAAAGUUAAGGAAUUGCUUGCUCAGGGUCAGCUGAUGGCUGGUGAACGUAGUUUGGCCUUUUGCAUUCUGUGAGAUGACAGUUCGUACUAAGGUGUCCAUCAGGUAAAGCGAUCUCAGGUGAAAAUUGCAGAGUUACACAUCUGUUUCUGAAUAGAAUGCUGAGCUCCCAUGAGAAAGAGUCCAACUUCAUAGUUCACUUGAAGCAGAAGGUGGUUUGUUGUUUUAUUUUUUUCCCCUGAAUGUAACUGUGCUCUGAUAUGGUCUGAAAGGAUCCAAUAAAUAAGUGGCAGAUUCAGUAGUUGGGCAGUGGGAUUUGAUAUGUUUCUUUUCACUGUUAACCAGAUAAAUAGGCAUAAGGAAGUAGCAGAGUGUUGGAAACGAGUUUCCCAAAUUAGCUUUGUUUAUAAAGUUUGAACAUGUCAGAAACAGACAGAUUUAUUACAUCUUUUCUACCAAUGUCACUUUUUUCCCUCAGUCCCUUCUUCUCUCUGUUACUGCCUGCAGUAGUGAAUUACAGUCACUCAUGCUUGGUAGAGUUUCAAUAAAGAGAUUAUUUGGCCCCAAAACAUAUUGUUUGACCCCUUCCCCCGCUGCUCCCCAAGGUGUAGCAUGAUUCUGUGUUUUGAACCAGUAUGUUUCAGCUGUGAAAUGCACUUGUAGGCUGAGCUGAGUGCAUGGAAACUCUUACGCUUCUCAUUUUAAGCGAUCUCCUACUUGGUAUGUAGCAAAAAAUAAUUUUCUAAAACUGUUUUGUCGCUUGUUUUGUAAUAAAAACCAUGUGAAAUACUGAA